AUGGCCCUCAAAAAUCUAAAGCAGCUGAAGCGAGAACAGGUGGAAAGAGCUCUGGAUAGAUCUAGAGUAGCUGUUCCCAAAGCUUUAUUCACCUACCACCUUCUUAGAGAAUUGUUCGAAUUAAAUGUGUUCAUACAUUUCCUUAACCUGUUUUUCCUUACAUGGUUUUUGUCCAUCAUUCAGGAUGAGUUUAGAACCGGAAAGAUUAAUUUAGACAAGACAUUGAAAUUACUUAUUAAGCUAAACAUCCCUUUUGAUUAUGUUCAUGUAAAAUAUGUUUUUAAGAAAACAAGUAAUCAGCCGAAGACUGGAACUAUUACUAUAGAAGAAUUCAGGGCAAUUUAUCGAACCCUUGCACACAGAAGUGAAAUACAUGAACUUUUCUGCAGUUAUUCUCCGAACCGCAAAAUUCUACCUGAAAUAAACCUGAUUGAGUUUCUCAGAAAAGAACAAUUUGUAAUUGAUGCUGAUGAAGCAAUUGCCUCUGAACUUAUUGCAAAGUAUGAACCCAUUGAAGAAGUGCAGAGAAAAAAACAGAUGUCGUUUGAAGGAUUUUUAAGAUACAUGAACUCAAAAGACUGUUUGAUAUAUAAAAGAGAACACACAAUUGUUUACCAAAAUAUGAGCCACCCAUUACGUGAUUAUUUUAUUUCGUCUUCCCAUAACACCUACCUCAUAUCUGACCAACUAAUAGGGCCAAGUCACCUUUGGGGUUAUUCAAGUGCUCUGAUGAAAGGAUGUCGUUGUUUGGAAAUUGAUUGCUGGGAUGGACCACAAAAUGACCCUAUUGUGUAUCAUGGUCACACUUUAACAAGCAAAAUUACAUUUAGAACUGUCAUCGAGGUGAUAGAUAAGUAUGCAUUUGUGGUAUCUGACUAUCCUCUUGUACUGUCUUUGGAGAAUCACUGCAGCCCUAAGCAACAGGAAGUAAUGGCAGACUAUUUAGAAACUAUUCUAGGUGACAAACUUCUUACUACAAUAAUUGGUGAUACAUUUCCUACAGAUCUACCUUCCCCUGAGGCAUUAAAAUUCAAAAUAUUGGUAAAAAAUAAAAAAGUUGGAACACUUGAAGAAACUGUUCUCAGGAGAGGUCUUGAUAGCCAUGGUGAGAUAGGGGAAUUUGUAGAAGAGGUAGAGCAAUCUGAAGAUGAUGACGCUGAUGAAAGCACUCCCGUGCUACCAAAAUCUCCUCUGCUAAAAAGAAGAAAUGCAGUUAAGAGAUCUCCACCACCCCCUCGAAAAAAGCGAAAGGUAAAAAAGGUAAAACUGGCCAUGGAGCUCUCAGAACUUGUGAUUUAUACCAAAGCUGAAAAGUUUAAAAGUUUUGAGCAUUCAAGAGCUAAUCAGAAGUUCUAUGAAAUGAAUUCAAUUGGAGAGACUAAAGCACGAAAACUUGCCAAACAGACAGCUAAUGAAUUUGUUUUGCAUACUGCCAGAUUUAUUACAAGAAUUUAUCCCAAAGGGACUAGAGCAACCUCUUCUAAUUAUAAUCCUCAAGAAUUCUGGAAUGUAGGAUGCCAGAUGGUGGCCUUAAAUUUCCAGACACCUGGACUACAAAUGGAGCUGCAAAAUGGAAAAUUUAUGGACAACGGUUGUUGUGGCUAUCUUCUAAAACCAGAAUUCAUGAGAGAUUUUACUACGCAGUUUAAUCCAUAUAAUGUAACAGGAAACCAUAAUCCAGUAACUCUUUCAAUAAGGCUGAUUAGUGGUUAUCAGUUACCACCUAGUAACCUCUCCAGGACUAAUAAAGCUGAUCCUUUAGUCCAGAUAGAAAUUCAUGGUGUGCCAGAAGAUCAAGUGAAACAACAGACUUGUGUCAUAAAAAGCAAUGCUUUGUGCCCUAGGUGGAAUGAAACGUUUACUUUUACUGUUCAAGUUCCAGAACUGGCAUUAGUGCGCUUCUCUGUGGAAGAUCAGAUAUCGCUAGCAGCAAAUGAGUUCCUGGGCCAAUACACUUUACCACUGCUGUGCAUGAAUAAAGGUUAUCGUCAUGUUCCUCUGUUUUCCAAACUUGGUGACAGACUUGAUCCUGCAUCACUCUUUGUGUAUAUUUGGUACUAUUAA